CGCCUUUCUUUAUUGACCACGCCCACUCAGAUUCAAUGCUUCAGCUAACAGAGCAACGUGAAGAGGCGAGACCAGUUAUGGCUGAAGGAUUGGCGGUGAAAACUAUUAAACUUUUGAAUAAAAGAACAGAAAUAUGUGAUGUUGAACUGAUCAGCUACUCAAAUGAGCAGAUUCCAUUUAACAUUGAUUUCAAUUUGAAUAUCAAAAAGAGGAUUAGCUUUUUAGAAAUGAAGAAAAAAAUCAGUUCAAAGAUAUUUCCUUUACUGCCUAUGCUGAGUCGCCAAUCGAAAGUGGUACACAAUGGGCAGCUGAUAGUGUACUUGGAGUUGAGAGCUAGCGGCAUAUCUUCUCAAAACAAAUUUAAAAAUGUUUUUGAUAGUUUGAGGAAAAUGAAAUGGGUUGCUACAGCCACUCCUACUGAUAACGUAAAAGUCUUCAUUAUACCAACUUCAUCUCUGACACAUGAACUGGGUCUGACUAGUGAGGAGUACUCCAUUGGUCUUCAUGCUUUGUUUGUCUUAUUGGAGGAAGGUGGAUCAUCUUACCACUCCCAGUCUUUAGGAUCUGGUUCCCAAAAUUCAGGAUCUGGUACCUGUUCUUUAGAAAUAGAAACAGUCCCGUCUCAAGCUGUCACAUUUAAUGAGCUAAUAGGUCCUAAUGAUGAAGUGGGUUCUGUUACCAAGAGAUCUUCUGAUGUUUCUAGCAGUGUAAUAAGAAUGACUGUGCCAGAGCCUCACUAUGCUAGAGAUUGUGGCAUUGUAGAGUAUAGAGUUGAGAUCACUACAAUAACUCAAGAUAUUUCAUCGGAUAUAUUUAGUGAGGUAACCAUAGUAACACAGGAUAACGAGGAGGGAGAAGUAGAUGUUCUUUCCUGUGAUGCUGAUCAGUUAUUGAAAGGACUUCAAGAGGAGGAGGAGCAGCUACAAGACAAGAGACAGGAAGAGGAGGAGAAAGGAGAAGAAGAGACUGUCACUUCAACUUUUGAAAAGAAGCGUGUGAGCAUAGAAGAAUAUAGAGAUCGUAAAUCAAAGCCGACAGUUUCUGAAUCACCUCAACCGCCGACCUCUAAUCAAAUAAGUGCCAGUCCUUCGUUAACACAACAGCAGCAGGUUCCUUAUUGCCAGCCUGUUGUUGUGGGUGGGGCCCUCCCUCCUCAGAACGUGUUAAGUAAUUAUUAUUCAUUAUCAAGGACUCAUUAUCCGCCCACACUUCCUUAUAUGGGGACACCUAAUCACUUGCUCUCCUCUCAUAUGCACUCUUAUAUUCCACGCCCUCCAAUUAACACGCCCAUAGCUCCAAUUAAUGCCCCUCUUCAACCGGGGCAGUUCCAACAGUUGUCCUCCAUUCUUCAAGCUGAAGAUUUCAUCAGAGAGAACAACAGGAGGAAAAGGUCCCGUCAUUAUUAUCGGAGCCGGUCUCGUUCCCGGAGCCCCUCCUCUAGUAAUUCCCGAACCCGUUCUCGUAGGACCCGUUCUCGUUCCCAUUCCAGGAGCCACUCUCGUUCCACUUCUUGGAGUCCUCCUCGUUCCAAUUCGAGGACUCGUUCUCAUAGGACUCAUUCUCGUUCCAGAAGUCAUUCCUAUUCCAGGAGCCGUUCCCCUAGCCCGCCCGUCAGAGACAGGCACUCUGAGGUACCAACCGGAGGAGGAGGAGGAGCCGCUCCCUCUAAAGACAAGCAAUGUCAAACUAGUAACACUGUAUCACUCAAAUCAAAAAGAAUUCAAGUAGACACGUCUUAUUUUAACUACUCCAUAGGGACACAGACAGCGAAAACAAGAGUAUUCAAUAGCAGUAGCCAAACUCACCACACUUGUAUUCAUGACAGUGUAGCAGAGCUGAACGCUCUCUUCUCCAGUGAGAUUGAAGACUCACUGAUUGAAGAACAUUACAAGAUACUGGAGGAGUGUAUUGAUUCACAUUGUCCUCCUAAUGUCAAUAGGAAUGAGUCACCCCUAUCAGGUUGUUCACAUAUCAGUGAGGGGAUCUGGAGCGGAGAGGAUCAUGAUGAUGUCAUCAAUACAUCAGAUGAUGUCAUCAAUUCAUCAGGUGAUGUCAUCAAUACAUCAUGUGAUGUCAUCAAUACAUCAUGUGAUGUCAUUGUUGAAUCUUCACAAGAGGAAUGUGUUGCAGUUGAUGUUAAGAAUCAUGUGGAGAUGAUUGAUCAUAAAGAAACCAGUGAUCACGUAGAUAUCACUGAUGAUCAAGGAAUCAGUAAUCAUGUAGAUAUCACUGAUCAUGUAGAGAUCAGUGAUGAUCAAGGAAUCACUGAUCAUCAAGAUAUCACUGAUCAGGGAGAGACCAAGGAUUGUGUUGGUCCUGAAUUAAACUCAGUAUCAAGCGUCAAUGAUAAUUUAAUGGGACCAACGCCAAUGGUACUAGAGGAGGAGGAAGGCACUGAUGAGGUAAUUACUCCUUUGUCUCCUCUCAAUGAUAUUUCUGUGUCUGAUAGCUCGUUAAGGAUCAAGAGUUCCUCAGCUCCGCCCACUUUAAUUAAUAACAUGUAUGGCAAUAUAUUGGAAAGAGUUCGUGUUCAUAUUUUAAGAUCCAAAAGUGUUUCUCCUUCAAUUGGUGAAGUACUACCUCCUCUACCUCCUUCAUCCCCUCCUCCUCCUGGUCCUCCCCCUCCUCCUCCUGGUCCUCCUCCUCCUUCAUCCCCUCCUCCUCCCCCUCCCCCUGGUCCUCCUCCAACUGCUCCUCAUUCUGACCCAUCUCUUUUUCUACCUCUUCCUACUCCUUCACUUCUUUCUACUCCAUUUAUUCAUGAUCAGCCUCCUGUUCAUGCUCCGCCUCCUAUUUAUGCUCCGCCCCAUUCUGUUUAUGCCCCAUCCCCUUCUGCUCCUCUUCUCUCUGCUCUGCCCCCUCCUGCUCAUGUUCUUCAUGCUCCGCCCCUUCAUUCUUCUGUGUAUGCUCCUUCUCAUCAAGUUCAAUAUGCUGCGGCUCCACUCACUUUUCCCCCGCCCCCUUGUCCAUCCAUUCAGUCUCCGAUAGGAUACCAUUCAGUCCUUCGUACUCAGAACAAUAGAAACUCUAUUAAUGACCACAUGGAAGCAUUCCCACUUUCUCCUGAGAUUGAAGAUGGCGAAAUUGUUGAAGAAAACGAUUGUUACUGUCAGUCUCCUCUCAUUACGUCUCCUGUCACUUCUGACGGUCAUUUCACUGAUGUGUCCAGCCACUCUGAGAAGCUUCGCUGUGAUUAUACUUCAGAAGAAGAGGAGGAGGAGGAGGAGGAGCCUGUUCCUCCAUCAGCUGCCACCAGUAGGGAUAUUAUUAAUAAUUUAUUCAGUAUACCAGCCCCAGCGUUCCCUUCAAUAGUCUUGUUACAAUCAGUCUCAAGAGGAUUCCUUAUAAGGAGGUAUAGAAAGAGGGUAUGUAACGCAGUCCUCACCAUACAGAGAUACGCCCGUGGGUACAUUGCUCGCUCAAAGUACACUAGAAUGCGUACAAGUGUCGUCAUACUUCAGGCUAAUCUUAGAAUGUACUUGGGUAGAUCCUCUUACCUUAAGUUACGGUCCAAUGUAGUUAAGCUUCAGUCGUUUGUACGCAUGGUAAUCAUUAGGAGGUGGUACAGGAGAGCUCUAGCUGGUAUCAGAUCAGUCCAGUCUCUUUAUAGAGGACAUAGGGCUAGAAGAGCUUUCAGGAGAGCAGUAAGAGGAUUUACCUCAUUUCAAUUAUUGUACAGGAAGUACAUUAAAGCCAAGAGGAGGGUUCUUGCAGCUGUGAUAGUGUUACAACGCUCUGUUAGGCGUUACCUCUCUCGUUUGAAAUAUACUAAGUUGGUCAAUAAAUCUGCUGUCACUAUACAGUCGGCUUUUAGAGGAUUCAUUAGUCGGAGGGAACUUAGAAUAAACGACAGCAUGGAGCUAGCAGUUUUAAGUGAUGGUACACUGACUGCUUCAGAGAGCAACUCUCCCGCUCGCUGCACCUCACCCCCUGUUGCUAUGGACACUGAUGCUAUGGCGACAGUUACUAUGGCGGCAGUUACUUUGAAAACCGAGCCAGUAGAGACUGUAGUAUCUAGCGUUACCACCUCAAGUAUCUCUUCUACUGUCUCUCCGUUAAUCACAGCCACUCCUUCAGUAAAAUGUACUAACACCAUCAGUUCUUCUUUUCCUGUUACAACUAGUGUACCUCCUAUACCAAACAGUAGCAUCAGCUCCUUUGUAUCAGCUAGUAUAUCACCUGUUUAUUCAGCACCAGCAAACACUAAUCCCAUUAGCCCUUCUUUACCUGUUAGACCUCCUGCUCCUUUUACAGUAGACAGUAGUACCAGCUCUAGUCCACUAGCUGUUCCUGCUAUGUCUCCAGUAGAUGUUACUUCUAAUGUCACUAGUUCCUCCAUUCCUCUUAGUGUUAGUCUUUGUCGUUCAUCUCUUUCUGAUGUCACACCGUAUACUGUCUCCUCUUUGCCAAAGUUUUACAGUUUUACAACAUCCUCAGGUACUUUUACAGUACCUAUUGAUCAUGAUCAUAUAUCAGUUGUCACGACACAGCUAUCAUCGCCUCACAUUACCAGUACUUCAUACAGCACUCCUCCCACUUGUGUGCUGUCUUUAAAUGUGAUGGCUUCAAACUCAGGAAUAUAUGCUCUACCUACUCUAACUGUCAUGGUUCCACCUCAAGGCAAAGUGUUGGUGAAUACUCCAAAGUCUUUACAAAGCAAUAUUAGGAGAAAGUCAAAAGAGCCUUCACCGGAAAAAUUUGACUUGCCUUACACAGUAAAGCAAGGGAAGCAAGCUUCAUCAACGGAGUCUUCUGCUGAUAUUGGUAUAAGGUAUGUCACUAGGAGAGUCCGUGAUGCUGUGAGAACAAUUGAAAAAUAUUUUAUAAGUUAUAAGGAAGCUAAAGCUGUUAGGAGACAGUUCCUGGCCAUGAGGAAAGCUGCUUCAGUUAUACAGCGAAACUGGAGGGUCUGUAAACUGAUAAGUAGAUUAAAGAGGUUUAUAGAAGAAAGGCAGGAAGAAAUGGCCAUGCAACGUGCAGCAGCUUUCACUAGAAUGACUAGAAGUAAAACUAAAACCACUCCUUCAAAUAGUAAGUACUGUCCUGGAUGUAAGUCAAAUUAUUGUCAGGAGGAACAAAUGAAGAUAUCUCUUGGUACCAAGCGCAGUAGAAGCAACACCAAAUCACCAGAAAAUAAAGAAAUAGCUAGUGCCAAUGAACCAGAGGUCAGGCAUUCUAAAUUAGCAGAAUCAACUCGUAAAAGUCCACAAUCAGUUAAUUAUCAUCCAAAAAAUAAGUAUCAAAAAUUGGCGAAUGAUAAUCCGAAAUCAGCUCAUAAUCAACCAAAAUCAUCUAAUGAUAAUCCUAAUAAUCAUCCACAAUCAGCUAAUAAUCAUCCACAAUCAGCUAGUGAUCAUCAAAAAUCAUUUAGUGAUCAUCAAAAAUCAGUUAGUGAUCAUCAAAAGUCAGCUAGUGAUCAUCAAAAAUCAGCUAGUGAUAAUCAAAAAUCAGUUAGUGAUCAUCAAAAAUCAGUUAGUGAUCAUCAAGAAUCAGCUAGUGAUCAUCAAGAAUCAGCUAGUGAUCAUCAAGAAUCAGCUAGUGAUCAUCAAGAAUCAGCUAGCGAUCAUCAAGAAUCAGCUAGCGAUCAUCAAAAAUCAGCUAGUGAUCAUCAAAAAUCAGUUAGUGAUCAUUCAAAUUCAAUACCUGAUGCUGGAGUUGAAGUAGCUUCAGGUGAUCAAGUAGAGCCAACAGCUGCUAAGAGUGUCCCUAUUUCAAGUAGUGAGGACUCCACACUUGCUAAUGACACUAAAGUAUGUGAAUCAGGAGUAGCCAUUGCUGCAAAGGAGCCAUUACUUGCAACUCCAGUUAGCUACAGUCUCUUAGGCUCAAUGCAACACCAGCAGCAACCAUUGACUACCAACUGGUCAAAUGAGUCAAGCGCUAGUAUUUCUUACUCUGCUCCUCCUCUCAUUCCUUCCGGUCCUCGCAAUCAUAAACCAGUUUCAUCAUCUUUAGUCCCUUCUUUAUGGCUUGGCCCUCCAAGUCAUCAUCACAACUAUUCAUUCUAUCCACACCAGCAUCUGUUCUUUCCUCCUCCUCCUCACCCCAGGAGACAUGGUUCACCUCAGAGACUCCAUAUUUAUCCUCAUCGAUAUCAUCACCACUAUAGAGGCCUUCCUUAUCCCAGCCCUCCUUCAGUCUAUAGGGACUUUAGUGAUCACAGAGGUGGUUUUCGCUCACCACCUCACUUUCACCCACCGUGGUAUAAAUAAGAUCCUUAAGACUGGAUAUUAUUAAUAAUAAUUAUUUUGAUUUUUUCAUUUACUAUGAUUUUAUGCAGAAAUUAUCAUAA